UGCUACGGAUUGCAUGAGGCGCUUGCAACAUCGCUGUAAGCAUGAGGUAAGGGUCGAACUGAUCAAGGCACCCUGUAUACUUAACCUCAUCCUCUUCCGACCUCGUCCUCUUCCGUCUCCAUCUCCAGUCUCAUAGCUGUUCUCUCAACCUCGCCCUAGGAUUUUAUCUCAUUCGUCCCAUCGAGCUUCCGUGGCAGGAGAUACCGAGUCAACAUGUCGGCGACAAAGUCAGUGCUGAUCACCGGCUGCAGCGACGGUGGGAUUGGGGCUGCGUUGGCCCAGUCCUUCGCGGAUCGCGGGUUUCGCGUGUUCGCCACCGCGCGUACCGUGGGCAAGAUGACCAGCUUCACCAGCCGUUCAAACGUGACGCUGCUGCAGCUCGACGUGACCAAGGACGAUCAAAUCUCGCGUGCCGUCAAAGAUGUCUCGGGUGAGACGGGCGGAAGGCUCGACUUCCUUGUGAACAACGCCGCACACAACCACUUCAUGCCCUUACUGGACGAAUCCAUCGAUGAGGCCAAGGCGAUCUUCGAAUCCAAUGUUUGGGGCCCGCUAAGGGUCAGCAAGGCCUUCAGCCCCCUGGUCAUCGCCGCCAAGGGCACCAUUGUCAACAUCACUUCGAUUGCGGGCCACCUCCACGUGCCAUGGAUGGGCACCUACGCCGCCUCGAAGCGCUCACAAGAGAUCAUGGCCGAGACCCUUCGUCUUGAGCUCAAGCCGUUUGGCGUAUCAGUCGUCUCCGUGGUUACAGGUGCCGUUGUAAGCAAAGGACUGACCUACUUCGACGACUUUAAACUGCCCGAUGACUCGCUGUAUAAAUCGGUCGAGGCUACCAUCUACGGCGUUGCCCACGGUGCAACUGUCCCCAAAGGCUCUAGUUUGGACACGGCCGACUUCGCAGAGAGGGUGGUCGCUCCACUCGUCCAAGGAAAGUCGACGGGUAUUGUCUGGGGCCCGGGAAUGCUAACGUGGAUGAACAAGAUCCUGACGGGCUGGGGACCUACGUGGAUGCUAGAUUUCACGUUGAUCCGACACUCGGGAGUUGACGAGAUGUUGAGCAAAUCGAAAUGAAUCGCCAACCGAAAUGGUCAUCCACUUAUCUGAUGAAGAUUACUCGAUCUACGUCGUCCAUUUCGACUUGCCACCCUGCUUGGCCGAUAGCAAGAGCAACAUUGCAAGAUGAAAGGCGGAAUAGCUAUCAUCACCCCAUUCCUUCGACCCCAGGGCCUUUUGCUUGGCUAUAUAGCUUUUGCUAGGUCAUCUUUCUCCCCUGGUCGGCCACCUAGUGUCAUGUUUGUU